AUGUCGAUGCAAAAAUUAAAGGCUCUUAAAGCAAAACGAGCAUCCGUAAAAUCACAAUGCACGCGUACUCGAAACGCGAUCGAUGCUAUAGAUCCACAAGAUGUAGAUAUCGCGUACGUAAAACAGCGGAAACAACGAUUCGCUGAAUAUUGGAAUCAAUUCAAUGAUAUCCAAGUGCAAAUUGACGAGUUAUUAGAAUUAGCCGAGGAUUUAGAUGGUAUCGAAAAAGCCGAUCUUCAGGCCGAGCAAGAACAAGAAUGGUUAAAUUUCGAAGAGAGUUACUUCAGUAUUGCUAGCAAAAUCGAACGUUUAUUAGCGCCUACGCAGAUCGAGGUCGCGAAUCCGAACGGAAAUGAAGGUUAUGUCCGUGACAUCAGUCAGAUGCACUUACCGAAGAUUGCAAUACCAAAGUUUAGCGGUAAUUACGUGGAUUGGUAUCCGUUUUACAAUACAUUCGAGUCGAUGGUUCAUCUCAGUCCGAAGUUAACAAACAUACAAAGAUUUCACUAUUUAAUUUCCUCAUUGGAAGGCGACGCGGCGCACGUUAUUGAAUCGCUGGAAAUCACUUCUAAUAAUUACCAAGAAGCCUUAGACUUAUUAAAGCAACGUUACGACGACAAGCGUGAGAUAGCUCAGGAACACAUAAGAGCGUUAUAUGAUUUACCUGCAAUUACAAGGGGUAAUAGUAUAGCACUAAGGAAGUUAAUUGACGACGUAUUACGGCACUUGCGUUCGUUAAAAAGCUUAGGUAGGCCCACUGAGCAUUGGGAUGAUCUUAUCAUUCACUUGAUCAUCACUAAGUUAGAUUCAAUCAUCGCAAGAGAAUGGGAGGAUGAGAUUCGAGCAAAUGACAUGCCCACUUUAAAACAGCUCAUUGAUUUCUUGAUACAUAAAUGCAAAGCGUUAUCAGCCGUAUCCAAGAAGGCAUCUAGCGAUUCAGUAGCGUCAAAUUCUCGUAAAUCUAACAAGGUUAAUACUCACGUAGCUGCUUCUAACAUUGGCUGUGCUUACUGCAAGGGGAAGCACUAUAUAUUUCAAUGUCCUGAUUUUCUGAAAUUGCCAAGCGAAAAUAGGAAUAAAGAAGUAAGAGCUAAACAUCUAUGCAUAAACUGUCUACGAUCCACUACACAUCAAGCCAAGGAUUGCAAAUCGUCAACGUGUCAAACAUGCAGCAAAAAGCACAACACGCUUCUACACAUAGAAGACAAGUCCAACAAGGAUAACACAUCUACAAAUAAGUCGGAACAAGCAAGUCCGUCUAGCACAGUCACUCUAAAUCAUCACAGCUCUCAAGAUAAGUAUGGCCAGAUUAUAUUAUCAACGGCAAGCGUAAAUGUCUAUGAUCAACAUGGCAACAUUCAUGUAUGUAGAGCAUUAUUAGAUUCAGGAUCACAAUCUAGUUUUAUCACAGGAAAGCUAGCAAGAAAAUUGAAUCUCGUGCAAAAGCAAACAAACAUGUCCGUCACAGGAAUUAAUAAAUCACAAACGCAUUCGUGUAGCACAGUCACAAUACGAAUAAAAUCAAUGCACACAUCUUAUUCUCAAAACAUUGAAUGCUAUGUUCUAAAUGCUAUUACGGACAAUUUGCCUCAAGUUCAAGUUAACAUAGAUAAGUUCACGAUUCCAAAUAAUAUCAGGUUAGCGGAUCCACAAUUCCACAUACCAGGUGAAAUUGAUAUACUUAUAGGUGCAGAGAUAUUCUGGCAACUAAUAUGUGUCGGACAGAUACAAUUGCAUAAAAAUCAGCCCACGCUACAAAAGACUCAACUAGGUUGGAUCGUCGGUGGCAAGACGUGUAGUUACAACCCGGCAGAAUCCAGAGCAUGUAAUUUAUCCACUAAUCAGCAAAUCAACGAAACAUUAUCCAAGUUUUGGGACAUGGAACACAUCCAUGAAGAAACUCCGUUUACUCCCGAAAAGAAACUCUGCAUGGAACAUUUCGAAAAAACUACGACCAGAAACGUAGACGGCCGUUUCAUAGUGCGGUUGCCGAUCAAGGAGACGAAACUACAGCAACUUGGUGAAUCACGCAGCACAGCAUUGAAAAGAUUUAUUGCUAUGGAACGUAAAUUACAGAAGCAACCACAACUAAAGGCGCAAUAUGCACAAUUUAUGUCGGAAUACUUAGCUUUAGGCCAUAUG